UGCGAGAACAGACAAGUGGUGACGGUUCACAUGAGAUUAAAUCUUCAGUCUGGUGAGUUCACAGUUUAUAGGCUUUGUUUAUGUACUUCUAAGCCUAACAUAGACUUCAGUGAUUUUGUGUUGACUUUUGGUAACUUUUUAAACAAUUGAAUGCAAACUAAAAGUGCAAAACUUUCCAAUCAAACCAAUUAAGAAUCUAUUGACAGACUAUAUUUAUUGAGGUAUAAUCAAACACUGGAGAAUAUAUUUUAAAGUAGAUUUUUUUUUAAACCAACAAAUACAUGCAUUGAAAGUCAUUUGCAAAAUCUCCUGGCAGAGUGAGGCAUUGAAUUAUCCAUUGCAACAUGCCUUAGGGUUCAGCAAGCUCACAUCUUCAGACCACACUUUACUUUUUAUGAAACGCAACAAAAAGUCAAAUAUUGAUUAAUAAUUGUUUGCAUUGUUUGUGCAAUCAUGCAACAGGCCUAAGGUGUACAAAGGUCACUUUUUACCCAAAUGUGAAAAGUGAAAUUGUAUGAUAGUUAUGGUAGUAUAAUAAUGCAAGUUUUUGUUCGUAGUUUUCAUCCCUUCGCAAUCCCUUGAACAGCUGAACUCAACUCUCAGAGGAUCUUUCCUUGUGCGUAAAGCGUGCGUAAAAGUGGAGACACUCCUCAUAUUUAUGGAUGUACUUUUGUUUCUUUUCCCGUGUACUUUCUAGGUCUCUACGCUGAUAUAACAUGGAGCACGUGGAAAACUCCACCUUGUCUCCCAAACUGCUCUCCCUGCACACGCAGAGCAGCGAUCACUCCCAGCCGGAGCAGAGCAACGGGAACGCGUACCUGUACAUUUUAAUAGUCAUUUCUUUCUACGGGAUUUUCCUCUCUGGCAUAAUGCUCGGCUACUUCCGCUCCAAAAGGAGGGAGAAGAAGAGGACCAACAUAUUCACGCGCCUCGUGCACGAGGAGGAGCAGCGGGAGUGGGGCGCGUUCCCGAAGAAAAACACCAUUAAUUUCCCCCCCGCGGUCCCGGAGCUGCCCGCCGUGCAGGUGCCUUUCUGCGUGAACCACGUGCCUUUCUGUGGAAACCACGGGAACCACUUCAGACACCUCCACUACGAAGGCGUGCCCCCGUCUCCGCUGGCGUGCACGCUGUGCACAGAGCAGAGCAGCAUCAGCUCCCUGUGCUCCUCCGCGGACACGCGCUUCGCCAUAGAGGAGGAGACGGACAGCUGCGAGGCUGAGGGAUCUGAGGAGCAGGUGAAGGACAGCGCGGAUGAUUCUGGCUGAAAUCCACCCCAGAAAAUAGACCCUGUGUUUUGACCCUCCACGACUUAAAAAGAGGAGACAAUCACCUGCAGAGAAUAGAGGAGGUCCUCAGGUGUCUUUACAUCACAGAGAACGGGACAGUCCAACAUCUGAUGCCAUAAAAAAAGUUCCCAAAUCAACAUCCAGAGGAGGAAGAAGUAGAUCUUUAGCUUAUGCAAAGUAUUAAUACGCAGUGUAGAAGUACUCCGUUACAAGUUAUGCAUUCAAGACUUAACUGAAGUCAAAGUAAUAGCAUCAAAAUAUGAGUAUAAAGGUAUUAAAGUACUCGCUAUGCAAAACAGCACAUUUCAGAUUAAUAUGAAUAAUGUAAUGUAUUAUCAUUCUUGAUUAAUUUACUUCAUAUAGUGCCAGGUAGCUUAUGAAUCUCACCAAGGGAUCAGUAAAGUUCAUGAUCAAUUAUUUGUUGAUUAUGUUCUGUACAUUAAUCUAAAUUAAUUCAAGUAACUGAGGCUAUCAGAGUAAUGUUAGGCAGUAAAACAUAAUAUAUUUCCCUCUGAAAUGCAGCGGAGGAGAAGUAUCCAGUCUCAGAAAAUGGAAAUACUCAAGUUAAAUAAAAGUAAGUCAAAAUUGGACUGAAGGACUUGAGUAAAUGUAUUCCCCCCACUCCACUGCCAACAUCUAAAGGAGGCAUUAGCCCAGAAUAUUUUUGGUUUCACAUGUUCGCCUGAUCAACCUGAAACCAAACACAUCCUUUUUGAGAUAUUUAAGAUAAUCAUGGCAAGAGUGACACAUAUAACUACGCUGCUCACUGCUCACUCUUAAUCUUGUGUGUUGGUUCAACCCAGAGAUAGAUGUGCAAAUCAAAUCAAUGUGCCUCUGCAAGCAGAUCAACACACACACCAAUCAACAGCUGGAAUCAUUAAUGAAUACAUAAACCAUUUCCAUAUCCACUUGUUACAACCACUAGAGACAGAGAGAGUCUAUCAGGAACAAACUGGGCUGUAAUCAGUAGCAUUGAAACAGGAUUUACUACCUGUGUGUGCUGCUGACUCGUCUGCAGCGUCCCGAGAAAAAAACAGUUCUUUGUUGAUUUUUUUUUAAUGAACUUUACUUGCUCUUGCCAAUCGUGGCUUUGAGUUUGAAAACAUACCUGGAAUUCACUUGAAAGAUUGUCAAAAACUCUAAAAAUGUAUUCGUUGUAGCUUCACAAUCAACGUUGUUCGUGCGCAGUCAGUGAUGUAGGUUUACUUGAUGAAAGCAAAAAAUGCACUGUACAUAUUGUUUGUAUUUCCAGAUGGAGUCUUUGUAGAGGAACAAAUAAAUGAUUGUGAAUUGAAA